GUAUUUUCGGGCAGCUCCAUUACUCUGCCUCUUCAUCGCACAUGACCAUGGCUCUCGAAGGGGCGUGCAGGCCAAUGGCGCGUUGCGUGCAGCGUCCCGGCCUCAAGAGGAUCAAUCUGCAAAUCCGCACAUUCACCACAUCGAAUGCCUCCAGACAAGAAGUCACCGACAUCACCUCCACCUCAUCACCACCUCUGCCCGCCAACCCCUUCCGUUCGCCAGAAUCAUCCGCGGCUGUAGUUCACAAACCACAAUCCGAGCGACGACUCAUCGCCCAACAUGGCAUCUACCCCAUCGGCUCCCGUCGACGGCGCGCAGCAAUCGCCUCCACCCCCAGCAUCCCCUUCCACCAACUCCCCUACCAAUGCUUCCAAGAAGCGCGCAAAGUCCUGCAGCAAGACCGGGUAGAAAAAGUCGCAGAGAUUGCAGAACAAAGGCGACGUAUGGAAAAGGUCCAGACGAGUCUGGCACAGUCGCAAUCGACAGGAGACGAACCGUCCGUCAAACAACUAGAGCGCCGAUUGCGAGACAUGCGGCAGCACCUCGAGGAGCUCAAAAUUCUCGCCGACAUCAACGACCCGCUCGUGCGCAAGAAGUUCGAGGACGGGCUGGGCGACAUGAACAAGCCCAUCUACCGCCACCUCGCCGACAAGAAGUGGCGCAGCUACAAGCGCAAGGUGCUCGUGCAGCGCAUCACGCAGAUGAAUGUCGUCCCGGAUAUCCUGCCGCACAUCGACCCCACCAUCGCCGUCUCGCUCUCUUUUGGCAGGAAAGACAUUCCCCACGGCGGGCUGGUGCUGUCUACAUUGUCCGAAGAUGCGCCCAGCCUAAACAUCCAGCCUUUCGAUCGUGGCGAGCGCCUCGUCACCAUCGCCGUCAUCAACCCGGACGUCCCCAACGUCGCCAAAGACGGCUUCGGCUACCGCUGCCACUUCCUCGCCUCCAACAUCUCCAUCAGCCCAACGCAGACGCGCGUAGAUCUCGCUUCCCUCGACCCCGAAUCCCAAGUCAUCCUCCCGUGGCUUCCCGCCUUCGCGCAAAAAGGCCUAGACUACCAGCGCAUGGGCGUGUUCGUGUUGCAGCAAGGCAGCAUCUCAGAGGAAGAGACAUCCACAAGCACGACAGAAGAGCAAUCCUCCCCGGCAAAUCUCCCCGUGCAGGAAAUUCUCUCCGCAGCCCGCUACAGCAAACGCGAGAACUUCGUCCUCCGCUCCUUCGUCGACAAGUACAGCCUGCAUCCCGUCGGCGUCGACCUCUUCCGCACGCAGUGGGACGAGGGUACGGCGGGCGUGAUGCGCCGGGCCGGCAUUCCAGGUUGGGACGUGGAGUUCAAGCGCAAGAGGAUCUAUCCUUUGCCCUAUAGGCGGUUGAAGGAGGAGAGGUAUCGAUGAUUGGUUGUUGCUUCUGGGCUGUACAGCGAGGCGAGAGAGGGUAUAGAUACGUAUGUCGAACUUUACACUCUUGUAUGUACUAUGCAGAAACCCCAGUUCACGUC